AGACAGACCGCACGCAGCAAACAUGUCCGACGCAGCACCCGCCCAGUACAAGCAGAAGAGCCGCAAGGGCAAGAAGGCCUGGCGCAAGAACGUCGACGUCACAGAGGUCGCCUCUGGGCUCGACGAAGUGCGGGACCAGAUUAUCGCAGGAGGUGUCAUCGCCGAAAAGCCGUCCGACCAGCUCUUCGCAGUCGACACCGCCGGCGACGCCGCCAUCCAGAAGAAAGUCCAGUCGCGCCACAAGCCCUUGAAGGUCGACCAGAUCCUCGCCGCCCGCUCCGCCGUCCCCGCCGUCCCCUCCCGCAAGCGUCUCUCCGACAUGGACGACGAGGGCAAGCGCAAGAAAGCCAAGGUCUCCGGCCGGGAGUACGACCGCCUGCGUGCCAUUGCCUACGGCGGCGAGCAGGUGAAGAAGGAUGUCGUCCAGUCCGGCACCACCGCCGACUACGAUCCGUGGGCCGUCCAGGAAGUCAAGGAGCAGCCCGAGUUCUCGUUCCUGGAGAAGAAGAAGCCCAAGGUCGAGCCCGUCACGCUGAAACGCGCCCCCGUCUCGCUCUCAAAAGACGGCAAGAAGAUCCCCUCCGUCCUCAAGCCCAACGCAGGAAAGAGCUACAACCCCGACUUCGACCAGUGGCAAGCGCUGCUCAUCAAGGAAUCCGAAAAAGCCGUCGCAGAUGAGAAGCGCCGCCUGCGCGAAGCCCAGGAAGAGGCAGAGCGCAUGGAGCGCGCAGCCGCCGAUACAGAUUCCGAUUCCGGCGAGGAGAGCGUGUGGGAGAGCGAGUGGGAGGGCUUCAGCGGCGACGAGGCAGAGAAGGCCAAAGCCAAGCGCCCCGAGCGCAAGUCGGCCACACAGCGGAACAAGAUCAAGCGGAGAAAGGACGCUGAAAGAGCCGCAAAGCACGACGCGAAGAUGCGCGCCAAGGAGCAGCAGGUGCAGAUGAUCAAGGCGCUGGCGAAGAGCGUCGAGGAAAAGGAACGCAGCAGAGACGCGGCGAAGAGCAUGGCGGCUGCCAUCCAGGCCGAGGCCGAGGGCACGCUCGACGUCCAAGACGGCGACGAGCUGGAACUGCGCAAGAAGCAGUUUGGCAGGAUUCCCAUCAUGGAGGCACCCCUCGAAGUCGUGCUGCCCGACGAACUGCGCGACUCGCUGCGCGCCCUCAAGCCCGAAGGCAACCUGCUCAAGGACCGCUUCAGGAGCAUGAUGCUGCGCGGCGUCGUCGAGCCAAGGAGACACAUCCCCUACGCCAAGCAGAAGAAGUACACCGUCUCGGAGAAGUGGAGUUACAAGGACUGGGAGCUUCCGGCGGCGAAAUAGAGAGGUGGAUGCGGAUGAUAGAUCUGCGGGUCGCAGACGUGCAUAUCUGGAGCAUGGAUACCCUUACCUUUUUCUUCUCAAUUGACUUAUCCUUCUGCCUAGCCGUGCCUCUGUCUGAGCUGCAAGCCUGCUGUUGAACCUAGAGUUUCUGUGGUUCUUGCCCGCUGUGGGGCCAAGAAGGUGGGAGCGUCUCGUUGUCUUGCUCACAGAACAAACUCGCAUCCUUUCCUUGUCCC